GGUCAUUCCUUUCUUGAAUUGUGCAGCCUGCGACUAUCAAACUUCAGCCCACAGGCACGCUUUCAUACCUACAUUUAAUGCCCGUCACGCAAUUCUCUCAGAUCAGACCAGGUCUUGCAGUCUCAAUAAUAUUGAAAGCAGACCAAAAGACCGGCCGACAAGUUCAAGGCACUGUUUCUCAGCUCCUCACUCGUCACAAUCAUCCUCGAGGGAUCAAGGUGAAACUGACCGACGGUCGAGUCGGACGCGUUCAGCAAAUCGUACCUCAAUCGCGCCAGCACAAUACAAUGGCUUCAAACAACCCUUGGCAAGAUGCCCAAAGUCAGGGCAGUCCCUUCCGCUCGAAUGCAUCUCAGGGUGCAGCCCAAUCCUACUACCAGUCCAACCCUUCUCAACCUCAGUCCGAGUCUCAGUAUCCUUCUCAGCCAAACCAACAGCGACAGCAAACGGCUCCAUCGCAAGGUGCUCAGCAUUCUGACGUGGAUCAGAUGUUGGCGGGUCAAGGGGACCGUGCAGAGCAAGUUGAGCAUAUGCAACAGUACGAAGCGAACGCGCCCCAGAGCGAAGCCGACCGCAUUCAGGCACAACUGCAAAAGGAGUUUCCAAACAUCGACUCGAGCUUGAUUGCUGCAUUAUACAGUGAGAGACCAGGAAGCCUAGGCGAAUUGCGCGAAAUUUUACAGGAGCUCGGGGCUUGAGCACCCAGCGGCCUCAUUAUUAGGAUUGCAAUAACGACGACGAUAUGAAAUAAAGUCUUGCUUGCCCUGCUGUCUAUCUACCCGCCUAGCUUUCCUGUACAUAUACUCGAAGCAGUUGCUGCUGGAUCUGCUGGUGUCGACCUUGAUCGGUCCUCUUUGCACACCUCGCCUACAUGACUAUGAUAUCUGCGAACCACUACUCCACCCAACCACCUCCCUCGCUCUCU